AAGGAACAUGGAGUCUCUGAAAGUGCUUGAAGCAGAUGAAAUUCCAGUGAAUCAAGUACUUGCUGCUGGUGGGCAGUUGAUUGAAUCUUGGCCUGCGAGAAGUUCAUAUAUUUUUUGGACCUCUUUACCAUCUUCUUUAGUAUCUUUAAGUCUUAGCGGGCGCAAUCUCUCAAAUGAAGAUUUUCCAAUGGAACUUGGUAAUCUAUCUUCCUUGGAAAAAUUAAAUCUACAGUCCACUUCAGUUUGUAGCCUACCAAGUUGCAUCAAAGGGCUAAAGAAGCUUUGUGAACUCAACUUUGGCGGGUGCAAGAGUCUUAAAGAACUUGUGGGGCUACCAAAAGUGAAGCAUGUGUUUGUGACUGAUUGCACAUCAUUGGAAAAGGUAACAUAUGAUUCAUUUUCAUCCUAUAAAAAUAGUUUUAGUCUUGUUUCGUCACAACCGCAGCCUAGUUGAGGCGGAGUAUACGUUCAGACUAGAACCCAUUGGAAAAGUUGAUACAGAAAUGAUCAACCUGUUGGAAUUGCGCAAUUACUUGGAAUCCACAGCAACCAUUAAGAUGCACGUCCCAUUUUCAUAUGGAAAGCUUUCGCAAGACUAUGAGUCUCGUCCCAUCCAGGGACUGUAUGAAUAUGGUAUAUUCAGCACAUUUCUUCCAGGGAAUCAGGUUCCAGGUCGAUUUGGCCAUAGAAGUAGUGAUGCAGGAACCUCAAUAUCCUUUAGAGUGCCUUCACUGCCUCCAAAUUAUGUAAUUCGAGGCUUGAACAUCUUUGCUGUCUAUGCACUUUCCGAACAUUCUUCUUUUUGUGUAUUCGAUAAUCCAUUAUUUAAGAAAGUAUGGAAUAAGAGCAAGAGUCUAAAGUGGAUUUAUAACCCACAAGUGUAUGGGAUUCCCAGGGAGGGAGAAGACAUGGUAUGGUUAAGCCAUUGGAAGUUGGAAGGUGAGUUAUUAGGUGGCAAUGAAGUUGUUGUUUCAGUGUUUAUGCAACCAGGUGUGUUUCACUUGAACGAGUUUGGCGUCCAGCUUGUGUGUGAAAAACACGAAAAUAAUGGUACGAGUACGCAACACAACACGUGGACGGAUCCUUAUUAUCCACGUGUCAUCGGAGGAGACUUGUCAUCACGUGAGGCGACAAAAGGAACGUAUUGGCUCUGCUGGAGAGCACACUCACCUGAAGCUAUUGCUUGGUUCGAUUACCUCGAUAGGGACUUUGAUGAUCAUGAAAUAGAUACAGUGACGCAACUUGGAGAAGAGGAAGAGGAAAAGGAAGAAGAAGAAGAGGAAGAGGAAGAGGAAGAAGAAGAGCAACUGCAGGAUGAUCCCAUGCUUCUUCCAGCAGAAACAGGCAGACUUCCCUCAGAUUCAGAAGAUGAAAAUAAUGGCUCAAAGAACGACAUAGAAAUAUCCGAGAGUUCAAAGAAGGGAUCUCAAGGUAAUGACAACGAUGUUCAAUCAGCUGCAAAAGAUGUUGCAGAUGAAGAAUUGAUGCAAUGCUUGGAAAUUUUGAACAUGGAGGAACUUGACGAUGAUACUUAUUCAAAAGCUUUGAAGCUUUUCCACGACGAUGCAACUUGGAGAAAGCUAUUUGUGAGCAUGCCUGAUAAGAGGAAGAAACCUUUCAUCCUCGGGCUUGGUUCACGUAAAGAUUCAGCAGCAACCAGGGCAGGUGGCCGAAACAACUCAUUUGGUGGUAUGAGAGGCUGGAAUGUGUUCAUGUUGGCUUCGGCUGCCUUCUUUCUCUUCGCUCUCUAUCCGCUUGCUCUCAGCUUCCUCAGCUAUGAAAGAAGACGCGUCUAACAAUCAACAACGUCAAAAUGAAUUUGUUGUAUUACCGGACUAAUAUCUUAUCCAUACUCAAAUUGGUUUUUAUAAAAUUUGCUGAAUACUGUAUUUAAGAUUAGCAGAUUAAUAUGCCUCAAUUAGGGUUCUACUGCUCUA